GAUAGUGGGAGAACAGAUAAACUCAACCUACCGACUUCAGAUCCUCCAGUGUCCGUCGACCGGUCCAGCGCUCAGCAUCACAGUUUCGUCCCUCACACAACUUGCGCCGGUGUUUCACGUAGUGAGAAUGAUCGAAUUCGAGGAGUUAUCUGAAAGACUCGGUCUUCUCUCUGAUCUUAACACGGAUUCGAACAACAACAGUGAUUCUAGUGAGAUAAAAUCUAAACGCGGUGAGAAAUACUCCCUAAGGCCUAGAUCCGCGAAGAAGCGACACCACGACGAAGAUUCUGAUGAAAUCAUUAGCAUACCGACGAAAUCUAGUAGAUCCAAGGGUUCCAGGCCUAAGCAGAAGCCAGCACCUUUGAGCAAGUACAGGAGGAAAACUGCUAACGCUAGAGAAAGAAGCAGAAUGAGGGAAAUAAACCAGGCCUUUGAGACGUUGAGGAAAGUGGUACCGCAGAUGUCAGUCACCCAUGAGACCAACGAGAAGCUGACGAAGAUCAUGACGCUACGGUUAGCAAUGAAAUACAUAUCUACCCUUAGUUCCGUGUUGAACCAAGAGUCGGAUAAUCCAGAAUCCCUGCCUUCUUCCAGCGACCUGGAUUGCUCUUGGUUGGAAUCUGACGGAGAGUCUCUUCCUCUGGACAGCGACUUCUCCGACCACUCCUUAACUCACGCAGAUUUCGCUCUGGAUUUCCCAGACGACUCCCUCACUUCUGUGGACUUUUCCUCGCCUUUAUCGCCUGAUUUUUCGCACCACUUAAGACAGUUUGACCCCCUACUUUCGGGUUUCAGUUAACUAAGUUUGACGAUUGUACAUAUUCCGUCCAGUUCACGUGCCUAGUUAUUUUAUUAUUUAUAAAAUUUUAGAGAGUGUAUAUAUUUAUUUUUUAUAUCUUAAUUCAUUUUUUUGAUGAAGAUAGUGGCAUUUUGAUUCAAGAGUGUAUUGAAGAGGAGACUGUUGUACGUAAAUAUUUUAGUUGCUAUAUUGUGUAUUAUUUUGUCUAAGAUUUUUCGAGAAAAAGUCUGUUCCUAUGUGAAAGGUAAAGAGUGUUAUUAUAUUGAAUAUAUUUUAUUAUUUUA